AUGGCCCCGGAAAAUGAAAACCCCUCCCUAGGGGAGUGCACGGAGAAACUGGAUUCGAAGGUCCAGUCGACAGAACAACCAUUCGAACCGAAGCAAUAUGGCGAUGAUGGUCAUGGUGGCGAUGUAGCCAGCGGCAGACCUACGCCAGGACGGCUUGGUUUAUAUCUCAGGAAAUUCGAGCAGUAUCUGGUCGAGUAUAAUCUCGAAGCACGUGGACUGGAACGGGUGCAUGAGAGCGAACGGAUGAAGAAGCUGUCCUGGGUUUCGUAUCUGCAGGCAGCAUUGCUCUGGGUUUCGAUCAACCUGGCUGCUAACAACGUAACCCUUGGGAUGCUGGGACCGGCUUCGUAUGGACUUGGGUUUAUGGACGCAUCGCUUUGCGCAGUGUUUGGGGCAUUCGUUGGCGCUUCGGUUGCCUCAUGGAUGGCUACUUGGGGGCCUCUUUCUGGAAUAAGAACAAUGGCCCUCGGACGCUAUUCAAUGGGAUGGUGGCCAAGCAAGAUUGUUGUCAUCUUGAACUUGAUCCAAAUGAUCGGGUACUGUCUGAUCGACUGCGUCGUUGGUGGACAAAUCCUGUCUGCAGUGUCACCGCAUGGAAGCAUGUCAGUCGCUGUCGGCAUCGUGAUCAUCGCCAUCAUCAGCUGGGCCGUAGCCACAUUUGGCAUACACGUCUUCCACUACUACGAACGCUUCGCCUGGGUCCCCCAACUAAUCGUUAUCUGCAUCCUCUUCGGCGUCUCAUCCUCAAACUAUGACCUCUCAACCCCUUCAACAGGAGACCCUCGCACAGUCGCCGGCAACAGACUCUCCUUUUUCUCUCUCUGCAUGAGCGCCGCUAUCACCUACGCCCCCCUCGCCGCAGACUUUUUCGUCUACUAUCCCUCCACCACCUCCCGAGUAUCCAUUUUCCUUCUAACUCUCACAGGCCUCAUGUGCUCCUUCACAAUGGCCUUCCUAAUCGGCAUCGGUCUCGCCUCAGGCAUAAACACCAAUGCAGCCUACAGCGCAGCAUACAAUCAGGGUCAGGGCGCAUUAAUUGUAGAGGGCUUCUCCCCACUCAACAACUUCGGCAAAUUCUGCUCCGUCGUCGUCGCCCUCGGCCUCAUCGCUAACACCAUCGCGCCCACCUACUGCACAGGCGUCGACUUUCAAGUCCUCGGCCGGUAUGCGGAAAAGAUUCCCCGCGUAAUCUGGAAUACCGUCGGCGCAAUCAUCUACACCGUCUGCGCGCUCGUCGGACGAAGCCAUCUCUCAGAGAUCUUUACGAAUUUCCUCGCGUUGAUGGGCUACUGGGUCGCUAUCUGGUUCGGCAUCCUCCUCGAAGAACGAUAUAUCUUCCGCCGACGUAGCGGAUACGCUUGGGGUUCUUGGAAUGAUCCUUCAAAGCUCCCGAUUGGAGUCGCGGGGUUUGUUGCGUUUUGUGUGGGUUGGGUCGGGGCUGUUCUUUGUAUGGCGCAGGUUUGGUAUAUUGGGCCGUUGGCGGGGCUUGUGGGGGAGUAUGGUGCUGAUAUGGGUAACUAUGUUGGUUGCUCGUGGGCUGCGGUGGCUUAUCCGCCGCUGAGGUAUCUUGAGCUCAAAUUCUUUGGGCGAUAA